AGAGAGAGAGAGAGAGGGAGAGAGAGGGAGGCGGGAGCUAGCGCCAAGCUAGCCUCUCACUACUCGCAGUCAGACCGAACUACGGGGCCAGACGGACCGGGACCUGGUCGCUCAAGUCCCGAAACCAGGACUUUUUUUUCUCUUCUGGACUCACAAACUCGUUGUUUUCGGAACUUUUCGCUCCGGAGUUCGGACAGCGCCGCUCGACUCGGACAUGGACAGUCCUUCGGCUCGGCGUCCACUCGGUUCUAAGUAAAAAACAACCCAAGAAAACCAGCCGAAAAACGGUGACCGAACCCCCGGUCCGGACCGGGACCUCCUUGAUUCGGGUUAAAUGGGAGUUUGAUGACGCGUUCGGCACUUUUUGUCGCUCCUCGGACGCCGUGGACUCUCCGCGCUGAGAUUCGCUCAGUGACCCGCAGGAUUCCCAAAGUUUCCGGAGAAACAUGGAGGCUAUAAGUCGCUUCCAGCCUCACCCGGGACUGCAGCAGACCCUGAAGCAGUUCCACAUCAGCUCCAUGAGCUCCCUGGGCGGACCGGCGGCCUUCUCCGCGCGCUGGCAGCACGAGCUCCUCUUCAAGAAGGACGGCAAGGAGCCCGAGCCCGUCCUGCAGCCGCAGCACCUGCCGCCGCCCGUCAUGCCCGGCCCGCUCUUCAUCCCCUCCGACCGCUCCACGGAGCGCUGCGAGACGGUGCUGGAGGGGGAGACCAUCUCCUGCUUCGUGGUCGGCGGGGAGAAGCGGCUGUGCCUGCCGCAGAUCCUCAACACGGUGCUGCGGGACUUCAGCCUGCAGCAGAUCAACUCGGUGUGCGACGAGCUGCACGUCUACUGCUCGCGGUGCACGGCGGAUCAGCUGGAGAUCCUGAAAGUCAUGGGGAUCCUGCCCUUCUCCGCGCCGUCCUGCGGCCUCAUCACCAAGACGGACUCGGAGCGGCUCUGCAACGCCCUGAUCUACGGCGGCGCCUUCCCGCCGGGGCGCUGCGGGAAGGACCCGGGCUCCGCCGGGGCGCUGGAGCUGCAGCUGACCGAGCGCAGCUUCAGGGUCUACCACGAGUGCUUCGGCAAGUGCAAGGGCUUGUUCGUGCCGGAGCUGUACACGAGCCCGAGCGCCGCGUGCAUCCAGUGCGCGGACUGCAGACUCAUGUACCCGACGCACAAGUUCGUGGUGCACGGCCACAAGGCGCAGGAGAACCGGACUUGCCACUGGGGGUUCGACUCGGCCAACUGGAGGGCGUACAUCCUCCUGGGCCAGGAUUACACGGGCAAAGAGGAGCGGUGCCGCCUGGAGCAGCUCCUGGACGAGAUCAAGGAGAAGUUCGACUUCGCCAACAAGUACAAGAGGAAAGCUGCGUCCAGGGCGUCUGAUCCCGUCCCUCUGAAGAAGUCCAAACACGAAGACGUGCCGUCCCAGUCCCCGCUGACGGACAAAGAGAAGCAGCACGACUGGCUCCAGUCCCUGUCCUCGUCCAACAAGGGGCUGAACUGCAUUCAGGCCAGGCAGAGACCCUCAGCCUUCAGACCCUGGUCCCCCCACAUCUCCAUCAGCGAUAAAGAACAGUCUCCUCAUCCUCUGGCCCUCCUGAGAGACAGCUUCUACAACUAUAAGAGCCUGGAGAAGGCCGUGGCCCCCAACGUGGCGCUGACGUCACUGUCGGUGGGGAAGGCGGGGCCCAUGUCGCCGACGGUGCCGAGCGUCCCCCACCCCAGCGGAGGCGAAGCCCCGGGCGAGGGCGCCAACUCCCGGCCCCGCAAGAGACGAGCCACAGAGGAGCCCCCGCCGCCCGAGGUGGCCCGCCCCCCUUCCUCUGCCGCCAGCAAAGCGGCGCCGGCGGAGGAUAAAGACUCGGAGGUGGAGAUCGAAGUGGAGAGUCGUGACGAAUUCACCUCCUCGCUGUCCUCGCUGUCCUCUCCGUCCUUCACCUCGUCCAGCAGCUCCGCCAAGGACCUGAGCUCGCCGGGCGCUCAGGGGCCCCUCCUCUGCGCCGCGGCGUCGGCCGAUUGCCCCGCCCCCGUGGCUCCGCCCCCAACAGCUGCGCCGUCGGACGCGGGGCUGGAGUCGGAGCUGGAGAGCCUGAGGCUGGCGCUGGACAGCGGGCUGGACUCCAAGGAGUCCAAGGAGAAGUUCCUGCACGAGAUCGUGAAGAUGAGGGUGAAGCAGGAGGAGAAGUUAGGCUCCGCCCUGCAGGCCAAACGCAGCCUCCAGCAGAUCGAGGACCUCCAGAUGAAGCUGCAGCAUGCCGAGGCCGACCGGGAGCAGCUCAGGGCCGACCUGCUGCACGAGCGGGAGGCCCGGGAGCACCUGGAGAGGGUGGUGAAGGAGCUACAGCAGCAGCUUUGGCCCAAAUCCAGCAGCAAAGACGGGACGUCCAAGAACAAGUCUGCCGACAACUGAGACCAGCAGCUGGUUCACAUCAGCGCUGGGCCCAAAAAAAACAAAAAAUAAAACUUAUAAACUCUCUGAUGGAAGAAAGAUCUUUGUCCAGACUUAUUACUGCAAAAACUGCUUCACUCAGAACUGAAACACCGGAGAGAAGAGCAGCUGGGACGGAGCAAAGAACUGCUUACCGGUGAAAAGCCGAAGCCUCCGGUAAAAAGGACUUUUAAGACUUUAUAAGCUGUUUGAGAGACAUGUACAGUUAAUAAUAAAAAAAUGCUCUUCUGUGUUAGAGUUUAAAAAUAAA